CCCAAAAAAAAAAACAAACACACACACAAUUCUUUUAACCUAUCCUUUUCUGCGAUAUCACCUCUCUCUCUCUCUCUCUCUCUCUUUCUCACUCAUCAAUGUCCUGCUGUUAUUAUCAGAGCCGUCUCUCCCAUCUCUCUGUAUGUUGCGUUGUAAGUAUUUUGUUCACUUCUUGUUUUCUCUCUUGUUACUACUGUGAUUAGCAUUACCAAGGUGUUGUCUUAGUUAAAAAAAAAAUAACAUUGUAGAGAGCGAGUCCGAGGUUGUCUUUCUUCUUCUUCUUCUCUCUGCCUCUUUGCUUUUCUAAGCUCUAAGAAUCACAAAAUUGUCUGAUGUGAGCGAGCAACACACCUUUUUUUUUUCUUCUUCUUCCUUCUACAGCAAAUCUGUCUGUUUUAGUUUUAUUCUAUGUUCAAUGGAUAAAAGGGUAAAGCAACGGUCUUAAAUUUUUGUCAAGAAAGUAUCCAAAGAAUAAAGUUAAUAAAGUGGUUUUCAAUUUUUCUUUCUUUCUUGCUUCUUCUUUAUACAAUAACAACAUUAGAUUUUGUAAAAGAGAUAAGAGAGAAAGAGAGAGAGAAAAAAAAGAAAGAUAUGGUGGUGAGGAAUUUGGUGUUGGUUUUGCUGUUUGUGACGGUGGUUGCUCCGAUUGUUCUGUACACCGACCGCCUCGGCACUUUCAAGACCUCUUCUUCUUCUAGAGACGAAUUUGUUGAAGAUGUUACAACUGUUACUUUGAAUGGCCAUAACGAGCGUCUAAAUGUGCUGCCCCAGGAAUCGGCAACCACCAUUAAAGAACCGAUUAGAAUUGUUUAUUCAGAUACCUCAACCAAAUCUCUUCCAAAUUCAGAUGAUUUAGACCUACAGGACACCCACAUUGCUGUUUCAGGUCAAGUAGAAUCAAGGUCUACCAGAGUAUUAUCUAUGACAGACGAGGAAGAACAAGAUCAAAGAACUAACCUCAUCAGGGAGGUCACAGAUUCACUCGAGGAAGCAAAUGACUCAAAUGAGCAUAAUACUGACACAAACACUCACAAAGACAUUGGGGAAGAUACAAUUGAUGCAGAUGACCAAGCUGACCAGUCAUCAGAUAAUGCCUCUCAAAAUACUCAAAAUAUGGAAAUAAAGCAUGAGAAACAAUCCACUAAGCAUGAGCAACAAACCACUCAAACUUCAACUAAGGUUAAAAAGAAGGAACGCAAAAAACCUGACACUAGCAUACAGAAUGACCAAACAGCUAUGCCAGAUGCUCGGGUGCUGCAACUCAAAGAUCAGAUCAUCAGGGCAAAGGUUUAUCUAUCCCUCCCAGCCACAAGAAACAAUCCUCACUUUACAAGGGAGCUUCGGGGUCGGAUGAAGGAAGUUCAGCGAGUACUUGGGGAUGUGAGAAAAGAUUCUGAACUGCCAAGGAAUGCCUACGACAAAUUGAAGGCAAUGGAGCAAACAUUGGCCAAAGGAAAGCAGCUUCAAGAUGACUGUGCUUCUGUGGUGAAGAAGCUGAGAGCUAUGCUCCACUCAACCGAAGAGCAGCUCCGAGUGCACAAAAAGCAGACUAUAUUCUUGACUCAAUUGACAGCAAAAACGAUUCCUAAAGGUCUGCAUUGUCUUCCAUUGCGCCUUACAACUGAGUAUUAUACCUUGAAUUCUUCUCAACAUGACUUUCCAAAUCAAGAGAAGUUAGAAGACCCUCAGUUGUUCCAUUAUGCAUUAUUCUCCGAUAACGUAUUAGCAGCAGCAGUUGUUUUAAACUCAACUAUAACAUAUGCUAAGGACCCUUCGAAGCAUGUUUUCCACAUUGUUACUGAUAGGCUAAAUUAUGCAGCAAUGAGGAUGUGGUUUUUGGCAAAUCCACCAGGCAAAGCUUCUAUCCAGGUUCAGAACAUUGAAGAAUUUACAUGGCUAAAUGCAAGUUAUAGUCCAGUUCUCAAGCAGUUGGGUUCACAGUCCAUGAUAGACUAUUACUUCAGAGCUCAUCGAGCCAAUUCUGAUUCAAAUUUGAAGUACCGGAACCCAAAAUACUUAUCUAUCCUCAAUCAUCUUCGAUUUUAUUUGCCAGAGAUCUUCCCAAAGCUCAACAAAGUGUUGUUCUUGGAUGAUGAUAUUGUUGUAAAGAAGGAUCUCACUGCCCUUUGGUCUCUUGAUUUGAAGGGGAAUGUUAAUGGUGCUGUUGAGACUUGUGGAGAGAGCUUCCAUCGUUUUGAUCGGUAUCUGAACUUCUCAAAUCCUCUUAUCUCAAAGAAUUUUGACCCUCAUGCAUGUGGAUGGGCAUAUGGGAUGAAUAUCUUUGAUUUGGAUCAAUGGAAGAGGCAAAACAUCACAGGAUUGUACCACAGAUGGCAAAAGCUGAAUCAGGACAGACAGUUGUGGAAGUUGGGAACUCUGCCACCUGGUCUCAUAACAUUUUGGAAGCGCACUUAUCCACUUCAUCGAUCCUGGCAUGUGCUAGGCCUUGGUUACAACCCUAAUGUAAAUCAAAAGGAAAUUGAGAGAGCAGCUGUCAUACACUAUAAUGGCAACAUGAAACCAUGGCUUGAGAUAAGCAUACCCAAGUAUAGAAACUAUUGGACAAGAUAUGUUGACUAUGAUCAUCUAUAUUUGCGGGAGUGCAACAUUAAUCCAUGAAAUGGCUCUUCUUUAUCAUUAAAGUUUCCUCUACAAUAUCUCUGUGGCCACAAUUUUUCAGUAUUAUUUGUAUUUGUUAAAUAUUGGCAUAGAAGAACGGAAGCCCCAGUGGAUGAUGUACUUACUUUUGGGAUCUUUAGUCACACGCAUCUGCAGAAUUGGAGCUGUUAUUGUAAAUGAUUUGAAGCUUGAUUUUAGGCUGUCCUUAGAGAGUAUGUCAUCGUCUCAUGGUAAUGUAUAUUAGAUUCUUUUAGAUUUGCAGUACUUCCUCAGAAAGCAGUAUCCAGUUUGCUAUCUCUUGGCAUCAGUAAUGAUGAAUAUAUACAUUUUUUGUUUUUCUUUUGAGUUUGUUGAGAUAAAUUUCAAAUGCAGCUACGAGUUGUCUUAUAGUCAGGUCAUUUGUGUAAGUUGGUUGUUGCUAACUGUGGUUUCCAUUGCAAGGGUCUGCAGCUGCCUUUUAAUUGCUGUGCUUGUUGCUUUCUUAUGUUGUAAUUAAGACAAUCAACCUACUUUGGGCUAUCAAAUCUUUAUUUUUUGGUUCAUGGCGAUAA